UACAACAGUGCUCGCCUGCUCACGUUCAGCUGCGCCCAUCUAGAGGAUAGAGCGAACAGAAACAACACCGUUCCCUACCAAAAACCUGGAUACCUCACAACGGGAGCCAUAAUUAAUCCAUUCUGGAUGUACAGAAGCCGCUCUGUCUCUGCAUGGAAAAAUCUCUCACUUCUAAAAACAUUGGUGCUUCUGUAGUGGAACGUAGACUGCUUUUGGGGACAGUAUGUUUAACUUGAUCAAAAAAGACAAGGAGAAGGAUGGAGUUAGGAAGGAGAAAAAGGACAAGAGAGACCGGAGGGAACGGAUGUCUGCGGCUGAGCUUCGAAGCCUCGAUGAGAUGAGCAUGAGGCGGGGCUUCUUCAACCUCAACCGGAGUUCCAAGCGUGACUCCAAGAACAAGUUGGAGAUCUCCAACCCGAUCCCUAUUAAAGUUGCCAGCAGCACUGAGCUCAACCUGACUGACAUUGAGUCGGAUGGCCUCAGUAACCGCAGCAGCAUGGUCCUAGAUGCAGAUCAGCUCAGCGCGGCCAGUUCCAGUGAUGAUCUGAAGGGCGAUUAUGUUCAAGAUGGCCAUCGGAGCUCUGUCAAGGAGCGGGCAGCUAGGUUUGGCUCCCUCGCCAUGCAAAACUCACAAAUGGGUUCCAUCAUGAAGCGCUUCUCCUUUUCUCAGCGGAAUAAAGACGAAAGCCAGUCCGAAGGUUCCACACCUUCAGGGCAGAACUCUGCUGCCCCAUCGCCGCAGGUAGAAACCAAGAUCUUUGACCCCCAACGUAAGCCAAGUCUUCUACAUCAGCAGCAGCCUCCUGCUGGGAAAAAAGUGCAGAUUCCUGAGGUUGUGGAUAAGACGUUUCCUGCGGAUCUCCGCUUGCCUGCUGUCGUGCCACCGCAGACGCCUGAAGUUCGGGAGCUGGUUCUCCAGAGACGUAACACUGGAGAUUUCGGCUUCUCGCUGCGGCGCACCACCAUGUUGGACCGCGGCACGGAUGGAACGGUAUAUCGCAGAGUGGUCCAUUUUGCGGAGCCAGGUGCCGGCACCAAGGACCUGGCACUUGGUUUGGUUCCUGGAGACAGGCUGGUGGAGAUCAACGGGCGAAAUGUGGAGAACAAGAACAGGGAUGAGAUCGUGGAGAUGAUUCGGCAGUCAGGCGACACGGUUCGGCUUAAAGUUCAGCCCAUUCUGGAGUUAAGCGAGCUGAGCCGAUGCUGGCUGAGGAACACCGAAGGGCUGCGGCGGGAAGCAUUUGACGGACAGGUGGAGGAGGAUCCCGUGGCAAUCCUAAAGGCAGACCAUGCUGCUGCCGCCCAGCCUAAGGUGAAAACAGAGGAGCAGAUUGCUGCAGAGCAAGCAUGGUAUGGCUCGGAGAAAGUGUGGCUGGUCCACAAGGAUGGAUUCUCUCUGGCUACAGUGAUGAAGACGGAGACUGGCAGUUUACCAGAGGGGAAAGUAAAAAUCAAACUGGAGCAUGAUGGGACAGUACUGGACGUGGACGAGGAUGACGUAGAAAAGGCGAACCCGCCGUCAUUUGACCGCUGCGAGGACUUGGCAGCUCUGCUCUAUCUGAAUGAGUCCAGUGUCAUGCAUUCUCUGCGCCAGCGCUAUGGAGGAAACCUCAACCAUACACACGCCGGACCCAACAUGGUGAUCAUCAACCCUAUUAGCGCCCCCUCCAUGUACUCGGAGAAGGUGAUGCACAUGUUCAAAGGCUGUCGACGGGAGGACACAGCCCCUCAUAUAUAUGCAGUGGCCCAAUCCGCUUACCGAAACCUUUUGACAACAAGACAGGACCAGUCCAUUGUGCUUCUGGGAAAGAGCGGCAGUGGCAAGACCACAAACUGCCAGCAUUUAGUCCAGUACCUGGUGUCCAUCGCUGGCAGCACCGGAAAGAUUUUUACUGCUGAGAAAUGGCAAGCGGUCUACACAAUCCUAGAGGCCUUUGGAAACAGUGCCACCUCCAUGAACAAUAACGCAAGCCGCUUUUCCCAGAUCGUCUCGCUGGAUUUUGACCAGGCUGGUCAGGUGGCCUCUGCCUCCAUCCAGACCAUGCUGCUGGAGAAGCUGAGGGUGGUGAAGCGACCAGAGACUGAGUCCACUUUUAAUGUCUUUUACUACAUGAUGGCUGGAGCAGACAGCACAGUCAGAACGGAGUUGCAUUUUAACCACUUUGCAGAGAAUAGUGCUUUUGGGAUUGUGCCUCAAACUAAGCCUGAGGACAAGCAAAAGGCAUCACAACAGUUUACUAAACUGCAAGCAGCUAUGAAGGUGCUGGGCAUUUCCUCUGAUGAACAGAAAGCUCUGUGGCUCAUCCUUGGCGCCAUAUAUCAUCUUGGAGCUGCAGGGGCCACCAAAGCAGAGACGGAUGAAGCGGGCCGGAAGCAAUUUGCACGUCACGAGUGGGCCCAAAAGGCGGCUUACCUCUUGGGUUGCACUCUCGAAGAGCUCUCGUCUGCUAUUUUCAAACACCAGCCCAAAGGAUCCUUACAGAGAUCCACUUCAUUCCGCCAAGGACCAGAUGAUGUUGGGACAGGAGACAGCUCGGCUCCAAAGAUCACAGCUCUCGAGUGUCUGGAGGCCAUGGCUGCUGGGCUCUACUCUGAGCUCUUUACUUUGGUCAUCUCACUUGUUAACCGAGCGCUGAAGUCGAGUCAGCAUUCCCUGUGCUCUCUGCUUAUUGUGGACACUCCAGGAUUCCAGAACCCAAAAUUAGCAAAGCGUGACCGCGGCGCCACGUUCGAGGAGCUGUGCCACAACUACGCCCAGGAGCGUCUCCAAACACUUUUCCAUGAACGCACCUUUGUACAGGAGAUGGAGCGUUACAAGGAGGAGAACAUAGAGCUUGCAUUAGAUGACAUAGAGUCCAGUACAUCACUGUCUGUAGCAGCUAUAGACCAAACCUCAACUCAAGCAUUGGUACGGACACUGGCCAGGACAGAUGAGGCGAGAGGCCUGCUGUGGCUGAUGGAGGAAGAAGCUAUGCAGCCUGGGGGCUCGGAAGAAACUCUGCUGGAAAGACUCUACAGUUAUUACAGCCCUGUGGAUGGAGAGACCAAAGGCCCUGCCUUGCUGCUAAAGAGCGAGAAGGUACAUCACUUCCUGUUGGGUCACAGCCAUGGAACUGACUGGGUGGAGUAUGAUGCUCGGGGAUGGUUGAGCCAUGCCAAACAGAACCCUGCCUCUCAGAAUGCGGCCAUUUUACUGCAGGACUCUCAGAAGAAGAAUAUCAGUAGCUUGUUUAUAGGGCGUUCAGGAGGAGCCACAGUUUUGUCAGGUUCUAUUGCUGGGCUUGAGGGCGGAUCACAGCUGGCCCUGCGCAGGGCCACAAGCAUGAGGAAGACCUUCACAACUGGCGUGGCUGCUGUUAAAAAGAAGUCCCUCUGCAUCCAGAUUAAACUACAAGUGGAUGCACUGAUAGAUACAGUGAGGCGGUCCAGGGUGCACUUUGUGCAUUGUCUGCUCCCUAAAGCAGAGACUUUGUCUGGUUAUCCCGAUCAUUUGGUAUUUUCUGAGUUCCGUCGCCGUUUUGAUGUACUGACUCCCCACCUGACAAAGAAACAUGGGCGGAACUACAUUGUAACUGAUGAGAGAAGGGCUGUCGAAGAGCUACUGGAGUUUCUUGAGCUGGAAAAAAGCAGCUAUCACAUGGGCUUGAGCAGAGUGUUCUUCAGAGCAGGUGUUUUGCCUAAGCUUGAGGAGCACAGAGAUAUCCAGACCAGACGCAACAUUACCCUGUUUCAGGCUGCGUGCAGAGGCUACCUGGCCCGACAGGCCUUCAAGAAGAGGAAGAUCCAGGACUUGGCAAUCCGCUGCAUUCAGAAAAACAUCAAGAAGAACCGGGGUGUGAAGGGCUGGCCUUGGUGGAAGCUUUUUACCACCGUCCGUCCACUCAUCGAGGUUCAACUGACUGAGGAGCAGAUCCGUGGCAAAGACGAGGAGAUUCAGCUGCUCAAGUUGAGGCUGGAGAAAGUGGAGAAGGAGAGGAACGAGUUGAGACUCAAUAGUGACCGGCUAGAAAGCAAGAUCACAGAACUGUCAUCAGAACUUGCCGAUGAGCGUAACACAGGCGAGUCUGCCUCGCAGCUGCUGGAGUCCGAGACAUCGGAGAGACUGAGGCUAGAGAAAGACAUGAAGGAUCUACAGGCCAAGUUUGAUGCUAUGAAGAAGCAGAUGGAGUCCAUGGAGAUGGAAGUGAUGGAGGCACGGCUCAUACGCGCAUCGGAGCUCAACGGGGAAAUGGAUGACGAUGACACCGGAGGAGAAUGGAGGCUGAAAUAUGAGAGGGCCAUCAGAGAGAUCGAGUUCACCAAGAAGAGACUCCAGCAAGAGUUUGAUGACAAACUGGAGGUGGAGCAGCAAAACAAGAGGCAGCUGGAGAGAAAGCUGACAGACCUGCAGGCGGACAAUGAAGAGGUGCAGCGUGUGGCUCAGCAGCUGAAGAAGAAAUGCCAGAGACUGACCGCCGAGCUGCAGGACACCAAACUGCACCUGGAGGGCCAGCAGAGCCGCAACCACGACCUGGAGAAGAAACAGCGCAAGUUUGACUCGGAGCAGACUCAGGCUCAGGAGGAGGUGCAGAGAGAAAAGAGUCUGCGGGAGAAGCUGAGCAGAGAGAAAGACAUGCUGACCGGGGAAGUGUUCAGCCUUAGACAACAACUAGAGGAUAAGGAUCUGGAGAUAUGUGCUGUCAAUCUGAAGCUGGAGCAGUUGGAGGUGGAGCUUCAAGAUCAGAACUCACAGGAUUCAAAGGACGAGGCGUCGUUGGCCAAGGUUAAAAAGCAGCUUCGUGACCUUGAGGCAAAGGUCAAAGAUCAAGAAGAAGAACUCGAUGAGCAGGCUGGAACCAUUCAGAUGCUGGAGCAGGCCAAGCUCCGUCUGGAGAUGGAGAUGGAGAGACUGAGACAGACGCAUUCGAAAGAGAUCGAGAGCAAAGACGACGAGGUGGAGGAGAUCAGACAGUCCUGCAGCAAGAAGCUCAAGCAAAUGGAGGUUCAGCUGGAGGAGGAGUAUGAAGAAAAGCAGAAGGUCUUACGGGAGAGGAGAGACAUGGAAGCCAAGCUGAUGUGUGCCCAGGAGCAGGUGAGCCACAGAGAUGUAGAGACAGAGAAGCGUCUGAGGAAGGACCUGAAGCGCACAAAGGCCUUGCUGGCUGAUGCCCAGAUCAUGCUGGAUCACCUGAAGAACAACGCUCCCAGCAAGAGAGAGAUCGCUCAGCUCAAGAACCAGCUCGAGGAAUCAGAGUUCACAUGCGCUGCUGCGGUCAAGGCCCGAAAGUCAAUGGAAGUAGAGAUCGAGGACCUCCAUGUACAAAUGGACGACAUAUCCAAAUCCAAGCAGGCGCUUGAGGAACAGCUGAGUCGUUUGCAGAGAGAGAAGAAUGACCUGCAGUCUCGCAUGGAGGAGGACCAGGAGGACAUGAAUGAACUCAUGAAGAAACACAAAGCCGCCGUUGCCCAGUCCUCACAGAACCUGGCCCAGAUCAGUGACCUGCAGGCCCAGCUGGAGGAGGCCAUGAAGGAGAAACAGGACGUCCAGGAGAAGCUCACAUCCCUGCAGAGUCAGCUAGAGUUCCAAGAGCAGUCCAUGGUGGACAAGUCGCUGGUCAGCCGGCAGGAGGCCAAGAUCCGUGAGCUAGAGACCAAGCUGGAGUUCGAGAAGACACAGGUCAAGCGCUUGGAGAGUCUUGUAGCGAGGUUGAAAGAGAAUCUCGAGAAGUUGACUGAGGAAAGAGACCAACGCAGUGCCAGCGAGAACCGAGAGAAGGAGCAGAACAAGCGUCUCCUCAGGCAGAUUCGAGACAUCAAGGAGGAGAUGGCCGAACUGGCUAAGAAGGAAUCAGAAGCCAGCCGCAAGAAACACGAGCUGGAAAUGGAUAUUGAGAGUCUGGAAGCAGCCAAUCAGAGUCUCCAGGCGGACCUCAAGCUGGCCUUCAAGAGGAUCGGAGAUCUCCAGGCUGCUAUCGAGGAUGAGAUGGAGAGUGAUGACAAUGAGGAUCUCAUCAACAGUUUACAAGACAUGGUGACUAAGUAUCAGAAACGAAAGAACAAGCUUGAGGGCGCCUCUGAUACCGACUCUGAGGUGGAGGACCGUGUUGACGGGGUGAAGUCAUGGCUGUCCAAAAACAAGGGCUCUGCCAAGAACCUGUCAGAUGAUGGUAGUCUGAAGAGUUCAAGAUAUGCUGUAAAUGUUGACGGAAAGGAGGGAAAAGAGUGGGAAGAGGGUAAAGAAUGGAAAGACAAUGGCAAAGGUAAAGAAUUAGAACCCAGCAGGCCUGUAUCUGUCAUGAGUUCCCUCAGCUACAGGAAACGCUCCAAUAAGGGAGACGAGAGUUCGCUCCUCAACACUCUCAAAGAACAAUCCAAUUCCCAGGACCUCUCCUCUUUCCGCAAGAACAAAGCCAAGCAAGAAGCUGAGGAUGACUCCUACUCUGUCAGCUCCUGGAGAAAGGCAGGAGAUGAAAUUGACGAUCGGGGUUCUGUCAUCUCUCAGGCCUACUCGGAGGCAGCCAGUCGGGCAAGAAAGGGCAUGGACAGCCGCUGGUCUGAUUUUGAUAAGGAGUCCGUUGUGACGUCUGUAGCCCCGAGCCGGGUUUCCUCCUGUCGUACUGCGAUGGAUCUAGAUGACGAUGCUAUUUCCAGCGUGAGUCGUAUGAGUUCGGCGAGCCGGCGUCGAAGCAUGCCUCAGAGUGAAUACAGUUCACCCGUCAGCCCCAGCCUGAGUCGCCGCAGCCCAGGCAGCGUGAGCCGUUCCGACUCCCGGAUGUCACUGUCUCGUAGCUGUCGCCUCAGUGAAUUUGACGUGGACGAUGAUGCCCGGAGCGUAGCGUUCAGCGAGGCUCGCUCCAGCGCUUACAGCCCUUACUCCACCUCCGGCCGAAGCUUCUCCAUGCCUCCGCAAGCCCGGACCACUGACUCCAGCCCGCCUGAGGUUUUGGACGUCAAGCCAGUCAGUCACCGCAACUACCUUGACCCUGACCUGGAGGCUGCCAUUAAUGAAGUUUUGAGCUUCAAACCCAUUAAGUUCAAGCGCACCAGCUUGGAAGACUCUGAAGCGGAGAAAGAUAAGCUGGGCGAGGUGGAGGAUGAAAAGAAGAGCGUCAGCAGCACCUCUAGGACUGGCAGAGACAGUGGGCGCUCCUCUAGCCUGCGCCGCUCUGCUUCAGCCGUGGACUUCAUGCGUUCCAGCAGCAGCCUCAGCACACGCAGCAGCCGCAGCAAAAAGGGCAAGAGCAAGAAGAAGAAGAAGAAAAGCCACAGCUCUGAAUCAGACAGCUCCGACAGCUCUGACGACGACCGCAAGAAGAAGAGCUCCAAGAAGAAGGGCAAGAAAUCCAAGAAGAAGUCCAGAAAAGAGUCUUCGUCUUCCUCCUCAUCCUCGGAAUCGGAGUCUAGCACAGAGUCGGACUCCAGUUCAGGAGCGUCCACUAUUUCUUACAGAAGCUCCAGCAGUGUCAAGAAAGCCCCUGGCAGGCAGGCCUCGGGCUCUGAGGGCGAGCCAGAGCCUGAAGACCCCUCUGAAGAAGCUCCACCUCGGUCUAAGAAAGAAGACAAGAAGAGGAAGAAGAAAGUAGACAAUCUUAUGAUGAAGUACCUGUACAGGCCUGACAGUGACUAAAGAUGGCACCCCCCCUCCAGUCGCAGACGCUUCUGCCUUGACAGAUCUGACGAGGAAGAGGAAGAAGAAAAAGAGGAAGGGAGUGCGGGCCGAAGCA